UAAAAAAAAAAGAAUAUAAUUAAAAAACAUUUAUCCGUAUAUUUAUAAUAUAAUAAUUUGAAAUAAUCAAAUAUGCAAUCGAUAAGAGCCCAACGAGCCUUAUUAAGGCACAAAACAAUACUACGAACAUGGACUGUCGUAAACAAGAAAUUAUUUGCCAACGAUGUUCAAUACAAACCUAUCAGAAGCGUUUUGGUGGCAAAUCGAGGGGAAAUCGCAAUUCGUGUUUUUCGUGCCUGCAACGAACUCGGCAUUCGUUCGGUAGCUAUUUAUUCCGAACAAGACAAAAUGCAAAUGCACCGACAAAAAGCUGACGAAGGUUAUUUAAUUGGAAGAGGUUUACCACCGGUCCAAGCAUAUCUUAAUAUCCCAGAGAUUAUACAAGUUGCCAAAGAGAAUGACGUAGAUGCCAUUCAUCCAGGCUAUGGUUUUCUAUCUGAGAGAUCAGAUUUUGCUCAAGCUGUGAUAGAUGCUGGUUUGAGGUUCAUCGGACCUAGUCCGAAGGUUGUUCAACAAAUGGGAGACAAGGUAGCAGCUAGAAUAGCUGCUAUAGAAGCUGGAGUACCAAUAGUUCCAGGAACGGAUGGUCCAGUGAGAACAAGCGACGAAGCUAUGGAAUUUUGUAUGAAACAUGGUCUUCCCGUUAUUUUCAAAGCUGCGUACGGAGGUGGAGGGCGAGGUAUGCGAGUGGUCAGGCAAAUGGAAGAGGUUAAAGAAAUGUUCGAACGUGCUUCGUCCGAAGCAAAGGCAGCUUUUGGAGACGGUGCAAUGUUUAUAGAAAAAUUUAUCGAAAGGCCAAGGCAUAUAGAGGUUCAAUUACUCGGUGAUCAAGCCGGUAAUGUCGUUCAUCUUUACGAACGAGAUUGUUCGGUUCAACGUCGGCAUCAAAAGGUUGUGGAAAUUGCACCAGCACCACGAUUGGAUGCCAAAGUAAGAGAUAAGAUGACAGAAUAUGCCGUGAAAUUGGCUAAACAUGUUGGUUAUUCGAAUGCCGGUACCGUCGAGUUUCUAGUUGACGAAUCAGGAAACUUUUAUUUCAUUGAAGUUAAUGCUAGGUUACAGGUUGAACAUACAGUUACCGAAGAGAUCACUGGGAUUGAUCUCGUUCAAUCUCAAGUACGUAUAGCUGAAGGGAUCACUUUACCGGAGCUUGGUAUGACCCAAGAGAAAAUUAUUCCUCAAGGUUUCGCCAUUCAGUGUCGGGUUACAACUGAAGAUCCAGCUAAGAAUUUCCAACCAGAUACUGGAAGAAUUGAAGUAUUCAGAUCGGGAGAGGGUAUGGGAAUAAGAUUAGAUGGUGCAUCUGCAUUCGCUGGUGCUAUUAUUUCACCAUAUUAUGAUUCCCUUCUUGUUAAGGUAAUCGCUCAUGCCGGAGAUCUACAAUCGUCUUGUGCAAAGAUGAAUCGAGCAUUACGCGAAUUUCGAGUUCGCGGUGUAAAAACUAACAUACCCUUUUUACUUAACGUACUGGAGAAUCAAAAAUUCCUUAAUGGAAACGUCGACACGUAUUUCAUUGACGAGAAUCCACAAUUGUUUCAAUUUCAACCGAGCCAGAAUCGUGCUCAAAAGUUAUUGAAUUAUUUAGGAACCGUUCUCGUCAAUGGACCUAGCACACCAUUGGCUACUUCUUUGAAACCUGCAGAAAUCAAACCUCACGUUCCACAGAUUGCAUUAGACUUUGCUAAGCUUGCAGCAGCAGAGGAAAGCAAUGAUCCAGAUGCACCAGGAGUUAUGGAUCCACCAAAAGGUUUCCGUCAUAUCUACAAAGAACAAGGACCAGAAGCAUUUGCCAAAGCUAUUCGUCAACAUAAAGGUGCGCUCCUGAUGGACACGACAUUCCGUGACGCUCAUCAAUCUCUUUUAGCUACUCGAGUCAGAUCUCACGACCUUUUAACGAUCUCACCUUUCGUGGCACACAAAUUCAACAAGCUUUAUUCAUUGGAGAACUGGGGUGGUGCAACCUUUGACGUAGCAUUAAGAUUUUUACACGAGUGCCCUUGGGAACGUUUGGAAGAUAUGCGAAAAGCCAUUCCUAAUAUUCCAUUCCAAAUGUUACUAAGAGGUGCCAAUGCAGUUGGCUAUACGAAUUAUCCGGACAACGUUGUAUUUAAAUUUUGCGAAUUAUCCGUUCAAUUGGGUAUUGACAUUUUCAGGGUAUUUGAUUCGUUGAAUUACAUGCCUAAUUUGAUCAUCGGAAUGGAAGCAGCCGGUAAAGCCGGUGGAAUCGUAGAAGCCGCAAUCUCGUAUACCGGAGAUGUUAGCAAUCCUAAUCGUACAAAAUACAAUCUUAAAUAUUACACCAAUUUGGCGGAUGAACUAAUCAAAGCUGGCACUCACGUCCUAGCGAUCAAAGAUAUGGCAGGUCUUUUAAAACCAAAAGCUGCUGCAAUGUUGAUCGAUGCUAUUAGACAAAAGAAUCCUGAUAUACCAAUCCAUAUUCAUACUCAUGAUACUGCUGGGGUCGGAGUUGCAUCUAUGCUAGCAUGUGUAGAAAGUGGAGCAGAUGUUAUUGAUGUUGCUGUUGAUAGCAUGUCUGGAAUGACCAGUCAACCUUCCAUGGGAGCUAUUGUUGCAGCAUUACAGGGUACACCUAAUGACACUAAUCUGGAUCUCAGUGAUGUUUCGGAAUAUUCAGCUUAUUGGGAACAAACAAGAACAUUGUAUGCUCCUUUCGAAUGUACUACGACGAUGAAAUCAGGAAACGCCGAUGUAUACUUAAACGAGAUUCCAGGUGGUCAAUACACGAAUCUACAAUUCCAAACGUAUUCUCUUGGAUUGGGUCAAUUCUUCGAAGAUGUUAAAAAAGCAUAUAGAGAAGCCAAUCUAUUACUUGGUGAUAUCAUCAAAGUUACACCUAGUUCUAAGGUAGUCGGUGAUUUAGCGCAAUUCAUGGUACAAAACAAACUGUCUUCUGAAGAUGUACUUAACAAAGCCGAAGAACUGUCUUUCCCAAAAUCGGUAGUUGAAUUCCUUCAAGGUGCGAUAGGUGAACCUCACGGAGGAUUUCCUGAACCUUUCAGAUCUAAGGUUUUGAAAGAUAUGCCAAGAGUAAAAGGUAGACCAGGAGCUACUUUAGAACCACUUGAUUUCGCAAAACUGAAGAAAGAAUUGCAAGAAUCCCAUCCACAUGUUUCGGAAAAAGAUGUUAUGUCUGCGGCCUUAUAUCCCAGCGUUACGAACGAUUACUUAAACUUUAAGGAACAAUUUGGUCCAGUGGACAAACUUGAAACUAGAAUAUUCUUAACGGGACCAAAGGUAGGAGAAGACUUUGACGUGUCUAUAGAAAAAGGAAAGACGUUAGCCAUAAAAACAUUAGCUGUUGCUGAAGAUCUUACGAAAAAUGGCGAACGCGAAGUAUUCUUUGAAAUGAAUGGGCAAUUGAGAUCUGUAUUCAUCAAAGAUAAAGAAGCUGUUAAGGAAUUGCACGUACAUCCAAAAGCAGCGAAAGGUGAUAAAAAUCAAAUAGGAGCUCCUAUGCCUGGUACCAUUAUUGAUAUCAGAGUCAAAGUUGGUGACACGGUAGAAAAAGGUGCACCUUUGAUUGUCUUAUCUGCCAUGAAAAUGGAAAUGGUAGUACAAGCAUCGAAAGCAGGAAAAAUCAAAACGUUAGAUGUCAGUCAAGGAAUGAGAGUGGAAGGAGAUGAUCUUCUUUUGAGCAUCGAAUAAGAUGAGCCAUAAAAACAUUCAUUAGUCAUUUUUCUAUAUACAUAAUUCGUUGCAACACAGAAUCCCGUCUGUAUGACAUUAUUUUUGUAUUAUAUGUGUUCUUUGUCUCUGCGUUAAAAUUUUACCAAUCGCAAACCAUCAAGUAUCGCGAAAGCAUUUUAAAUUAUAAAAAAA